UCCUUUGCCCACAUAGGAUGAGGCUAUAAAAAUGGGGUUGAAAUUGUGCAGAACCAUCCUACUGUCCUGCUUUGUUUUUGCUUCUUCCACUUUUGCAGUUAAGACUGGAUAGCAACAUUGCAAGCAGAGAGGUCUUGGUACUGUCAAAAGCAACUUUUUCUUUGGACGAAGGCUGUCGGGUAUUGGGCAGCGCAGUGAAGAACAAUGAGUGCUCCAGAACAAGCUGACGCCGUGGAGAUCUUGUUUCAGCACCAGUAUGCAUUUGUGAUCUCAAAGAUUAUGUUCACUGCCUCUGAUCUUGGUGUAUUUGAUCUGCUUAUGGAAUCCAAGGCACCGUUAACUUCAGUGACUAUUGCUGAACGUCUGGGUACCAGUCCCUUUGGGAUGGAGAGGCUGCUGGAAGCCUGUGUGGGCUUGAAGUUCCUGCAAAUGGAGAGGAAGGACAACCAAGCUCUUUAUGGAAAUACAGACAUUGCCAAUCUCUACCUUGCCAAAUCAAGCUUGAAGUCUCAGUAUCAUUCCAUGAAGUUCACUUCUGAAUUUGUCUAUCCGGGUAUGCAGUACUUAGCCGAUUCUGUGAGAGAAGGAAAGAGUCAGACUGAUAGAGUAUAUGGCAUUUCCGGAAAAGAUUGGAUUGACUCUCUUAACAGAUCCAAGAGUGGGCUGCAAAAAACCUUCAUGGAUGCUAUGCAUGCAAACUGGCAUCUGUUUGGCCGAGAAAUGAUGGCUGCAUUUGAUCUUUCGCAUUUCCCGCUUGUUUGUGAUGUGGGAGGAUGUACUGGAGCAUGUGCCAAGGAAUAUAUUUCAUUUUAUCCAAAUUCUACAGUGACAAUUUUAGACCUACCUGAAGUGGUGGAACAAGCAAAUAACCAUUAUGUGUCCCCGCAAGAUCACCAGAUUACUUUCUAUAAAGGGGACUUUUUUAAAGACCCAAUUCCAGAAGCUGACCUCUAUAUUUUGGCUAGGGUCCUGCACGACUGGGCUGAUGAGAAGUGUGUGCAGCUACUAACCAGACUGCACAAGGCCUGCAAACCUGGUGGUGGAGUGUUAGUAGUGGAAAUGGUCCUCAGCGAAGAUAGAAAGGGGCCGGUAAGGUGCCAACUACACUCUGUGUUGAUGCUACUCCUUACCGAAGGCCAAGAACGAACCUCAUCAGAGUACAAUGUACUGCUUAGUGCAGCUGGAUUCAAAGAGAUUCAACAAAAGAAAAUGAGCUUCUAUGAUGCCAUUUUAGCAAGAAAAUAAUAUCGACCGUACUGUUAGGUUUUUCCUUUAAGCCUGAUGUGGUCAAUGGUGCUACACAGAGAUGUGUGUUUGUAACCUUGAUCUGAAUAUUAAAACACCUGUGAGCUUUUGCUAAUUUGAAUAAUUGAAGGUAGAGUUUGCUUACUGUCAUGUGAUUGGGCAAUUGACUAUUUUGAAUUCUGUAUUUAAGCUACCCAAAUGGUUCAUGGGUGUGGUGGUGAUGUAUUGUGAAAUGAGAGGAAUGGAG